GCCGGGAGCAGAUCUGGAGAGGAACUAGGGAUGGGACUGAGGGCUGGGCCUGAGCGGCCGAGCUAAGAUUUAGGCCUGAGAUACGGGGGAGGUGCUGAGGGAGGGGCCCGGAAGGAGCUAGGAGGCCCCGGAUGAAGAGCGCCGCUGAAGCGAAGACUUGGGCUAAGACAACGCAGCCUAGAGCAGAGGGAGAGGGGAGACUGGGCAAGCAUGAGGCGGAGUUAAGGGCUAGACUGGGGCGAAGCUGAGAUUGGUGUUUACAGUGGGCUCGGCCAAGCUGAGGUUCAGGGUUGGACUUCUGCGUGGAAGAGUCUUGUAGAGACGAAGAACUAGAUUGAGAGAUAUGUGGGUCAGGACGACACUGAGGAUUGAAAGGUGGACUAAGGAAAAAACUGAGGACGAUACCAGCUCGUGGGACGAGAGCAGCACUGCUGCUCGGGCGCCCGACCUGGAACCCUAACCCCUGUCCGCAAGGGCAGGGGGAGUUCCUCAGCUCGCAAGACUGGGAGGACUGUACAAAUGAGCAUCACCUAUAUAAACAGGUUGCCCAGCUGGGGGAGAGGACAUCUGCUGGCUAGUGUGGCAUCCAGCACAGAUGCUUCUACUUUAUCCUCUGAAGGUGAAUUCAAGAACGCUGACAGGUGCUGCUGGAAACACAAGUGUGCCGGGCACAUCGUCCACCCCUUCUCCUCUGACUGUGUCCACCACGACGUGCACCUGCACUCUCUCAGCCACUGUGACUGUGACUCGAGGCUGAAGGACUGCUCAGAGAAGACGAAUAGCAGCUCUGGAGAUGUGGGCCCAACCUGCUCCCGAGACGUGGACUCAACCUGUUUCGACAUCAUCCAGUCCCCAUGCUUUGAGCUCAUCCCAGAGGAAGAGUGUGUGGAGCGGUUCUGGUAUGGCUGGUGCAAGAGCUACAGGCCUGUCUCUGUGGCAGUGAUCCACCAUCCCAUCCACCAUGAGUGUGGCACAGAUGACCUAAACCAAGAAGAAGAGGAGGAGGAAGAGGAGGAAAGUAAGCCUCCCAUCCCGACCCAGGUGGUUCCCACCCCGACCCCCACCGACACAGGCAUGAGCAUGAUCACUGGUGCCCCUGACUCAGCAGCUCCCAUCACCAUCUGGCGUUCCGAAAGCCCCACUGGGAAGUCCCAGGGCAACAGGGUGAUCAAGAAGAUAAAGAAAAAAAAAGAGAAAGACAAGGAGGAGGAGACAGACGAAAAGGAAAAGGCAAAGGUGAAGAAAAAAGUCAAGAAGGGCAAGUUGACAAAGAAGAAAAGCCCAGUUAAAUCAGAAUCACCUCCGGACUUAAGCCGAUCGUUAAGCCCAAGAGAGCUGGCCAGGAUGUCAGAGUCCAGCCCAGACAGCCGGCAAGAUCUGGAGAGUGAGGACAGUUACAAUGACCCUGGGCGGGAGGAACCCUCCAGCGAGGAUAUUGUGGAGUCUUCAUCACCCAGGAAGAGAGAGAAGAACGGGGUCCAGGUCAAGAAGCCCGGCUUGAAGACCUCGCCAGUCAAGAAGGUCAACAAGAGGAGAUCUCCCCCAGCAUCAAACCCCAAUCUCAGUUGAGGCAACCAGGGUGAAGAAUAAAUGCGAUCAAGCCUGUAGCUGACCCCCUGCUUCUCUCUCCCUUCAACCUGGCUACUUGUGGGGGCAGGGGGUGGGCUCUGGGCAUGGCUGGAGCCAAUGUGCUAAAGGGCUGCAGGGGUUUCUCAAGGGCGGUCCGUCUUUCAAGAGAAGUCCAGAGAAGGUAGGUGGGUGGGCAGGGAAGGGGCAGACUGUUUCUCUGUAACAUCCUAGGCCCAGGCACAACUAGGUGGGAAGGCGACUUCCUGUCGACCAGGAGACAGGUCUGUGAAAUCCACCUGGUGAUGGGCAGUACUGUGUGCAGUGAUACCCCUAAUAAAUUGAACCUUUUAACCCA